AUGGGUGAAUCGGUUCAGGCCGAAUCCAAGGCACCCUCUACAGCCAGUCAACAUUCAGCCGCCAACAAUCACCACGAUCAUGAGAUCACCGAAAAAGAUAUCGAAAUUGCUGAAAAUCCAAUCGCAGCCCAUGAAAAGCCACCACAUGCAAACGAUACAGAUGAUGGUUAUGCACGUGGAUCAAAGUUAUUCCUAAUCAUGACUGCUGUUAUGUUAUUCGUCUUUUUGGCCGCGCUUGAUCAAACGAUCGUUUCAACUGCCGUUCCCGUGGUAACGAAUCAAUUCAAUUCUUUUUCGGAUGUUGGAUGGUAUGGAUCAGCAUAUUUGCUCACUUCAACUGCAUUCCAACCUUUGUUUGGUAGAAUGUAUUCUUCUUUUAGCGUAAAGUAUACUUAUCUUGCAAGUUUGUUCAUCUUUGAAAUCGGUUCUUUGAUCUGUGGUGUAGCACAAGAUUCUCCCACUUUCAUCGUCGGUCGUGCGAUCGCAGGUUUAGGCAUGGCCGGUGGAUAUAGUGGCUCUAUGAUCAUAGUCAACCUCAUUGCUCCUUUGGAAACUCGUCCUCUUCUUACAAGUUUGAUCGGAGCAGCAUAUGGUGUAGGAGGAACGAUUGGUCCUCUAAUCGGAGGCGCGUUCACUUCCCACGCGACUUGGCGUUGGUGUUUUUAUAUUAAUUUGGUAUUUUAUGCAAUCGUUGGCCCGGCAAUUUUGGUAUUCUUACAAAUUCCUCCAACCAAACAUGAAAAGACUGUUUGGAAACGUUUGGCAGUUAUCGAUUGGUUAGGAAGUGUUUUGGUCUUGAGUUCUUUGAUUUGCAUCUUACUCGUUUUACAAUGGGGUGGUGUAAAGUAUGAUUGGAACGAUAGCAAGAUUAUUGGACUAAUCGUCGGAUUCUUCGUCAUUGCUGCCGCCUUCUUGGUCGAACAAUACUAUGUCGGUGAACAUGCAACGAUUCCAUUCCGUAUCUUCAAGAAUCGUACAGUUGGAUUUGGAACAAUCGUCAACUUCGGUAUUGCAGGUGCUUAUUUCUCUGAAUUAUACUUUUUGCCAAUUUAUUUCCAAUCCGUCAAAGGUUCAAGUGCAAUUCGUUCAGGUGUUCAAACACUUCCGUUCAUCGUUGCAGUCAUCUUUUCCGUAACUAUCACGGGUGGUGUGGUAAACAAGACUGGAAUUUACAUUCCAUUCUUGUUCGCAGGUACUGCUUUGGCCGCAAUCGGUGGUGGAAUGUUAUACUUCUUAGAAGUUGAUUCUUCUCAAGCAAUGUGGUGUGGUUUACAAUUCUUUGCCGGUUUCGGUCCGGGUAUGGCAUGGAUGUUACCAUUCAUUGCCUCUUCUGCCGCUUUACCAGUAGAAGAUAUUGCUUUGGGUUCGGCAAUCGUCAUCUUCUUCCAAACAUUAGGUGGUACAAUCUUUGUUUCGGUAGCUCAAUCAGUUUUCCAAAACAAAUUUGUCCUUUAUUUACGUGAAAUUCCAGGUGUAAAUCCUGAAACAAUCGUUUCAAAAGGUGUUUCUGCUUUCCGUGCUUUCACUCCAGCAGAACAACUUCCAGCCGUUUUGGACGCCGCAAAUCAUGCACUCAAACGUGAUUGGAUCAUGAUUGGUUGCUUGGGCGCUUUUGCUUUCGUUGGUGUAUUUGGAAUGGAACUUAACCGUCGCAUUCCAAUCGGCACUUCCGCUCCUGCCGCCGCUUAG